AACAAGCUGAAGCAAUAGGGCGCGGGAAAUUUUUCGACAAUUCCCCAGUGGACAAAUCGGCAGGCUCAAGUGGGGUUAGGCAACGGAGGAGGGCUGAUCAGGAAGAUGAAGAUACUGGGGAAGAUGGAGCGCGAGAAUCUACGGCAGGCUCUAAUAACAGUGUCACCAGAAAAGAAGGUAAGGAAAAAGAUGCAGAUGUACCAGCGGACCAGAAGCGCAGGAUGAUCUGGGAUGGGCAGGCAUCGGAGGACCCAGCUGGUGAGAAUAUGGCCAUUGAUAAAGAAAAAAACGGGGAGGCGGCGGGUCCGGGCUUCGAGACCCGUCGGUUCUGCGGAUGAUUUUCGUGUUGAAGAUGACAGGUUUUGGUUUUUAUUUUAUUGUUGUUUUGCAUUUUAAUUUCCACGUUGAGAUUGUUAUUUUGUACUUUUAUCUCUAUUUUGCUGAUUAUUGUAAGACUUUUGCAUUAGGAUUGGGUAAUGAGAGUUCUGCGGUGACCGUCUUUGGCUCAUUUAU